AUGAAGCUCGACCCAAAAGCAAUUCGCUACCUUACAUCGGAGGAUUUCCGUGUUCUCUCAGCAGUCGAGCAAGGAAGCAGGAACCAUGAAGUUGUCCCAACUCCUCUAAUCGCGCAAAUUUCUGGCCUUCGCGGUGGGAGCGGAGUCAACCGGUCUAUCUCGAACCUCGCAAAGACCAACCUUAUCGCCAAGGUGAAGAAUGCAAAGUAUGAUGGAUAUCGACUUACCUACGGUGGAUUGGACUACUUGGCGCUCAACGCUCACCAGAAGCAAAAGUGCAUCUACUCUGUCGGAAAUCAGAUUGGUGUCGGAAAGGAAUCAGAUAUCAUAGUCGUUGCCAACGAUAAGGGAACACAACGGAUUCUUAAAAUUCACCGACUAGGCCGUAUCUCGUUCCGAACCGUCAAGACGAACCGAGACUACUUGCGCAACCGAAGCACAGGCUCAUGGAUGUACAUGUCGCGGUUGGCGGCGAUGAAGGAAUUCGCGUUCAUGAAGGCGCUACGAGAGAACGGUUUUUCGGUGCCCGAACCGAUUGCGCAGAACAGACACACCAUUGUUAUGAGCUUGAUCGAUGCGUUCCCGCUCCGGCAGAUCUCAAAUGUUCCGAACCCGGCGCUCUUAUACUCCGAACUCAUGGAUAUUAUCAUGCAAUUGGCUCGAUAUGGAUUAAUCCACGGAGAUUUCAACGAGUUCAAUAUUCUCAUCAAAGAAGAGGAGGAUCCAGAGGCGAAAGGAAAGGGACGCGAGGGCGACGAGGACGACGAGAACCUCAAGCUAACCCCGGUAAUCAUCGAUUUUCCACAGAUGGUGUCGAUUGAUCAUGCAAAUGCGGAGAUGUAUUUCGACCGCGAUGUCAACUGCAUCAAGCGCUAUUUCCAGCGGAAAUUCCACUUUGUCAGUGAUGUUCCGGGACCUUUCUUUGCUGACGCCAAGAAGCAGCUGCGCCAGAAUGCUGCGAAGAGACUCGAUGUUGAAGUCGAAGCGUCCGGAUUCUCGAGGAAGAUGGCGCGUGAUCUUGAGAACUAUAUGAAGGAAGUCGGUGUCGAUGGUGAUAAUGGGGCUUCAAAUGAGGACGGCUCUGACAGUGAUGAAGAGGAGGAAGAGGACUCGCAAGCGUCGGGGUCAGAAGAAGAAGAAACAGCAGACCUGAGGGAUUCAAAAACAGAUACGCUUGAUGAGAGUUCCCAAAGACUGAAGGAAUUGCAUGUUUCAUGA